AUGGCCUCCCCGUUGGAGAACCUGGAAAAUCAUCUGGAGACGUUCAUCGAGAACGUUCGUCAAAUCGGGAUAAUCGUCAGCGACUUCCAACCACAGGGACAAAAUGUUCUCAAUCAAAAAAUUCAAUCAGUGAUCCAUGGGUUGCAGGAGAUUGACCGUCUCAGACCCCAAGUCUCUGACACCCAAAUUCCCCUGGAAGUCUUUGACUACAUUGACCAAGGGAGAAAUCCCCAGCUCUACACCAAAGACUGCAUGGAGAAGGCUCUUGCAAAAAACGAGCACGUGAAUGGAAGGAUCGACGCUUAUCAAAAGUUCAAAGCCCAUCUUCUGGUGGAGCUGUCGGCCGUAUUCCCGAACGAGAUGGCGUCCUACCGGGCCAUCCGCAGGGACGAGCGACCGAGCAGCUGACCGUCUCGUUGGCA